CGUGAUUGGAGCGUAAAGAGUAAGCUGAGUGAGAGAACCGCACGCUGAGGAGUAGACAGCAAAACAUUAGAAACCAUGCAUUUCUCCCCAAACAGCAAACGAUCCACAAUCCCCUCUGCACGAAACUAGUUACGCCGGUGUUGUGGUGGUGGAGCGAGCUGCCGCCGUCUGAAACAAUUAAUUAAAUUAUUUUAGUCUGAAUGUUGAUAUUUUAAGAGCAGCAGUAUUACUCUUCCUUAUCUCGUAGAAUCAAAGUGAUCGUGUCUAUUUGUUUUUGUAUAAAAAAAUUAAUAAUAAAAAAAAAACAAAUUCGAAAAAGUGCAAUAAAAAGUAAAUCACAAAAUGAAAAUUCGCAAAAAUUUCUUACCAAAACGUAUUGUCGAUUGGCUGUGCUUCCUUUUGAUUGGCGUAUUCUUGCCAAUCGUUUUCAUAUUCGAAAUCAUUGUCGUAUUGCCGGCUUUUCAUGAGCCUGGUGGAUUUUGGCAUACCUUUACUUUCAUUAUGGCCUGCUUCUUGAUCUUCAACAUUACGGGAAACUUCAUGGCCUGCCUGAUGAUCGAUACCAGUGUGGAUUUUGAAAAUCUUCGACCUCCUCCGGAUGCUGAGAAGCUCGAUUGGUGGUAUUGCAAGAAAUGUGAACGUAUGGCUCCGCCACGCAGCUGGCAUUGCAAAGUGUGUAAAUGUUGUAUUCUGAAGCGUGAUCAUCAUUGCCUUUUCGUGGGCUAUUGCAUUGGACAUCGGAAUCAUCGUUAUUUCAUGAUGUUUGUAGUGUUCCUCUUCAUUGGAGCCACCUAUGCCUUUGUCUACAAUUCACUAUAUCUCUGGGUGGUCAAGGCCCGCAUCUAUCGCAAUUUUUUAUCUUUCCUCAAAAUGACCUGUCCCAUGCUAAUGGUGGUCAGUGGUCCGCUGUGGCUAAAUAUGUUCCUGAUAUUCUAUAACUUAAACAUUUUGGCAUUUGUGUACAGUGUAGUUUUGCUGUGGUAUCAUGGUUCCGGCCUCUUUGAGGGAGGUGUGUGCUAUGAGAAAAGUAAACGUUUCCCCUAUGGCAAACCAAAUUGGCGGGAUAAUCUCCGUACUGUUUUCGGCAAACGAAUGCAUUUGGUGUGGUUAUCGCCUUUGCUGAAAAGUGAAUUACCCGAAAAUGGCAUCGAUUGGAAUGUGGCGGAUGGAGGUGCUAAAAAGACUGAUGAUAAAUUAAGUAAACAAAAUAAAUGAAAAGGAAUUGAAAAUAAAAACUGUUUAUUUAUUUUUACAAAGAAAACA